AGAGAGACUGAUCAUGGCCAAAGAGCUAAAGGUACAGAGUCCUCCCCAAGCCCUAAAGGCUGGCCAUCUUCCUGCAGUGAAAGCUGGCGGAAUGAGGGUUUCCAAAAAGCAAGGCAAUGAAGAAAAUACUGCACCUGAGAAAAAUGCAAAGAAAACCUUGCAGGAAAAACCAAGCUCUGUUCUUAACAUGACGAAGAUGCAAGCAAUGAACAUUUUGGCUGGAGAGCUAGAGAAGCUCAGCCAUGACUUUCCCGGAGAAGCCGCGCAGAUUGCGCACAAAAAACCACGACCUACUGUCGAGAAGAUCAUUCUGCCAAAAAGGCUGUACAUUAUUCAGCAGCCUCGCAGAUGUUAGACUGCAUGUACUCUGGUGUCAUGUACAUAAGUUAAAAAAGUCACUUUUCCCAGAAUAAUCAUUGUUUUGUACCAGUUUUGAUAAAGCACUUUGCAUUAAAA